AUGGGGUGUGUUCUGGCACCAAUUGCUUGCUGCUGUGGUAGUGCGGCCUGUGGUUUAUGCUGUGCUGCGUGUCCGUCAUGCAAGAACUCCACUGCCUCCCGGAUUGGCUACUCUGUUAUGUUGCUACUGGGUUCCAUUGUGGCCAUUAUUAUGCUCAUCCCUGGAAUCCGAGAUAAGCUCAAUGAUAUUCCAGGACUGUGUAAGGGCUUCUUUGGUCACGAAGUGCUCAACCACGAGCAGUGUGACAAUGUGGUUGGUUUUCUGGCCGUCUACAGAGUCUGCUUUGCCAUGGCCAUGUUUUUCUUGCUCUUCUGCGUCAUCAUGAUCAAAGUCAACUCAUCAAAAGACCCAAGGUCCAAAAUUCAAAACGGGUUCUGGUUCUUUAAAGUCCUCAUCAUGGUUGGUAUCUGUGUGGGUGCCUUCUUCAUCCCGGGAGGAACAUUUGGACAUGUGUGGAUGGUGUUUGGCAUGAUUGGAGGAUUCCUGUUCAUCCUCAUCCAGCUGGUACUGCUCGUGGACUUUGCCCAUGGAUGGGCCGAGUCUUGGGUGGAGAAAUACGAGGAGACGGAAUCUAAAUGCUAUUAUGUUGGCUUGCUUUUCUUUACCUUCUUCUUCUACGCGGUGUGCCUGACUGCAGUGGUUCUGUUCUACAUCUACUACGCCAGUGGUGACUGCACCUUGCAUAAAUUUUUUGUGUCCUUCAACUUGAUCCUGUGUGUGCUCAUGAGCGUGGUGGCCAUCUUGCCCAAGAUUCAGGAGUUCCAGCCCCGAUCUGGCUUACUACAGUCAUCGAUUAUCUCGGCCUACGUCAUCUAUCUCACCUGGUCUGCAAUGACCAACAACCCAGAUAAGUCAUGCAACCCCAACUUGAAAGACAUCUUUGUUCCCAUUGUAUCCAACCAAACUACGCCCAGCAACACUGUUAUCGCUCAGAGCAAUGUCUUUGACUGGCAGGGCAUCAUUGCACUGAUCAUCUGGCUGGCUGCAGUUCUCUAUUCCAG